AACGUAGAAAAUAUACACACAAACAGUGAAACGCAAUUCGGUAAGUACAGUGAGUCCUACAAUAAACGAAACUAGUGUGCUAAAAAGAUCUGUACGACAAAAAGUUUUAUAAAGUUUACGGUGGCAUUUACUGAUUUAGUGCCGGUAUAGUGCACCGCGGAAAUUACAGUUUCUAGUGCCGAUAUAUUAAAGUGCCGGAAUAGAGGUUCAUUACAGUAGAAGGAACCGUAAAUAAGCUUGUGCCGUUCAAGACAAAAUAAAAAACAAAGUGACAUAGUGAAAUUUGUUCCUGUUAGUCAGCAUAGAUUCACUGCUGCUUCAUCGCUUCAACACUGCCGGACAACACUGCUGCUGCCGGCAAACUUCGCUCCCGCUGCGCCAACGUCAUCAUCUGCUGCUACGUCAACGCUGCUACAUCUCUGCUUCGUGGGACGUCGACGAAUUCACUUCGAGGGAAUGAGCUGCCGCUGCGUCCUCUGUCAAAGGGAAGUAAGCGCAGGCAAAACGCCUACGCACCAGGUUCAUUGGACGCCGAGGAAUGCCGACGAAGAUAUUCAGCGACAACGCCACCAAUUUCGUCGGCGCCGACCGCAAGCUGCGCGAGCUGACAGAAGCAUUUCUGGCCCAGGCUCCAGAAUUGAAGAGAUUCGCCGCAGACGAAGGGUUCAAGUUCAUCUUUAUACCACCGAGGGCGCCGCACUUCGGAGGAUUAUGGGAAGCCGCGGUGAAGUCCGCCAAGCACCACAUCGUUCGCGUAACAGGCAACGCGCUACUCACCGCAGAGGAGCUAGCAACACUGUUGGCCGAAGUGGAGGCCAUACUCAACUCUCGGCCCCUAACACCGUUGAGCCAGGACCCCAACGACGGCGAAGCGUUCACCCCAGCGCAUCUACUGAUUGGGUGCUCCCUGCGAGCACUACCCCCAGAGAAGGUGCCAGUGGACCCAGUUCGUUGUUGCGAGAGAUGGCAACUUGUUUGCUGUCUCAAGCAACAGUUUUGGCGACAGUGGUCCAAAGUAUAUCUGACGGGCCUUCAGGAGCGGAACAAGUGGCUGCACCCCACACGCAACAUGCAGCUCAACGACCUCGUACUCGUCCACGAGGACAACGUGCCACCACAGCAGUGGGUCCUCGGACGCGUCGUCGCAACCGUCGAAGGGCAAGACGGCAAGGUGCGAGUCGCAGACGUGGCAACGAAGACGGGCACAAUUAAGCGCCCCAUCCACAAACUGGCCUUGCUUCCAAUGGAUGUUGAAGGAACCUGAUCCUGUCAAGGUGGCCGGUGUUGCGUCAAGCGACAUAAAUAUACAAUUGUAAAAACCUAAAACUUAAAAUAAGAAAAUGAAUUGUAAAAGAAAUAUUAAACAAUUGAAUUUAUAUACCUUAAAUUAUAAAAUUUACAUACUUACCCUAAUAAUGAAUUUAUAACACUAAUCUUUUACUUACCUUAAUACUAACUUUAGAAUAAUCUAGUACAAUGUUUAACGAAAGAUAAUUAUACUUACCCCUUUUGUAACACAUACUUACAUUACCACUAGUUUAAGCCGUUAUUUUUAGUUUAGGCUACGUGAGCCUAUUAUAUGAAAUAAAUCUACCUCUUUGAAUUGAACCGUGAAACCGCAAGCACGCGUUUUUAUUUGUCGGCUAAUUAAUUUUUCGUUUAAUACAGGCAAUUUGGUUAUUUUUAAUUUUAAUCGCGCACCCCCUUAACU